AUGGAGUCAAUUCGAGUUGCAAGUAGUGGGAAAAUAAUUUUGGUACAACGUUACCCUAUACAUAGUAAUAUCACUAGCCUCUACGGUGUAGAUUGUCGUCGAACAACAUUAUACACAAACGUCGAGGAGUUGGUGAUGUUUUUGUUGUUGUUAGUGUCGACGGUAUAUCGGACGGCGUGUGCGAUGCGGUACGGGUUAAAAAUAUUAAAUAGUGUUACGAAUAAUCAAACAAUUACUAAUCCGAUUGUUUUAAAUAAUAAAAUUAAUUGUCAAGAAUUUUCAUCAACAACUAUUGAAUCACAACAAAAUAAACCGGAGGUAAGACGUGCAAAUAAACCACUAAUGGAGAAACGUCGUCGAGCACGAAUUAAUCAAAGUUUGGCAAUGUUAAAAACGCUCAUAUUGGAUUCAGCAAAAAUGGAUAAUACAAAACAUACGAAAUUGGAAAAAGCGGAUAUAUUGGAAUUAACAGUUCGACAUUUCCAAAGGCACAGAAGUAUGGAUACACCAGGUUUAAAUAAAUAUAAAGCAGGAUAUAGUGAUUGUGUUCGUGAAAUACAACGUUACCUAGAAACACCUGACGCUCAAACAAUGACCGUAUUAGAUCAAAAUACACGGAAACGUCUUAUACGACACUUGGACGUGUGUAUAAGUGAGAUAGAUACAGAUAUAUGUUCAUCACCAAUUCAAUCCUCAGCAUCAUCGUCAGCUUCAUCAACAUCAUCAGUUACAACACCUGUUCAUCAGGAUAUAACAUCCUUAGCUGCUGGGCAUCUACCAACAAAUACAUCAAUUCAUCCACAAUUCAUUCGGGCAUCACCCGCUGAGACAAAUUUUACGAAAAUCAAUCCUUAUGAUACAUCUGAACAUGUCUUUAACAAAUUAUCCGCGUUACCACUUGCCAAUCCACCGAUUGAAAUGGAUACAUCACCCAUUGCAGUUGAAGAAAUUAAUAAUAAUUCAAAUUCUGUACCCGCAUUUCCUGUAUCCGCCAAUCAAAUACCUCCGGAAAUAUCCGCAAAUAUUCAUAAGAAUUUAUUUCAAAUGCCUGACGGUAAUAUUAUUUUUAUUUUACCGUCACAUUAUUUACAACUGGCUGCGGCUUUGGAGAAUAAUAUUAAUUGCCAAAAACAAAAUGGAUUAGCUCAGCAAAAAAAUUUGGAAACAGCAGCACCUGUGGUGAAUAAUAACAAUAAUAGUAAUGAAAUGAAUGGAGUGAUGGUGGAAAGACCGUUGGAUUUUAGUAAAAACAAUGAAUGUCAAGAAAAUAUGUGGAGACCUUGGUGAAUACUGCGAGGAUAAACUUUCAUACAACUGUAUACUUUUGUAAUUAAACUGAAAAUUUAUCACAGCGUUGGGGAGGGGGUGGGUAUGGUCAGAGAAAUAAGAAUUCUGAAAAUUCCUAGAACGACUCUAAUUCUCGUUCUAUUAAAGUAGGUCACGAUAU